AACCAGCUGUUCUCACUAUCCUGAAAUAAGGACGACUCGACGCUGCAGGUUUUCCGAUCAGCACAUGGAGCGAGUCGGCGGCGCCGAUGCGGUCCUCACCUUCACGGGCCUGGCCGCCGUAACCCUGACGUCCGGCGUGUCCGCUUACAGAGCCGCAGCUGCACGGGACGUCGGCUCCGCGGCGUUCGUGGGCGCCAGCUACACCACGCUGCUGCUUCUCUUCCGCACCCUCCGCGCCUACGAGCGGUUGCCGGCGCCGCCCGCCGGCGCCGGGGCGGCCGACGACGUCGACGACGGCGGCCGCGUCGAUAAUGGAAGGAGGCGUCGGCUAAAACGCGAGGUCUGGGCGCUUUGCACGCUGCUCACCGUGAUGUUCGCAUGGAAGGUGGCCGCGGCGAUGCCCUCCUGGCCCGUCGCCGCCGUCGUGUGGGCGAUGGCGGUGGUCACCGCGGUUGGCGGUUUUCUUGCCUUGUUUCGUCAUCCGUGACGUUGGUGAACGUAAAGCGAUGGAUCGACACCGCCAUGGAUGAUCUAUAUAGCAAGCCCUAACAUCAUAUACUCAAUAAUAAGCAGCUGUGGCGAUAUUUACUUUCUUGCAGGUUAACGGGUAAGUGUUAUGAUUAUUUGGCCAUUUUGGUGUGCAAGAGAGAGCUUGUAAUUUUUAAUUUAUUACAGCAAAAACCAUGCCUGUUCUUUCAAAGAAAACGCACUAAUAAAGUGGAUAAAUCCUGCAGGGUCACAAAAAGGUUCAUAGAGGGUUUCAGACGAGGCAGAGGCCGAUCAUCGACCUUAAAGAAUUAUUCAGUCAUCGUUUGUCACGGCGUGUUUACUUGGGAUGUUAUAUCAUAAUAACUCAAGGUCUCAAGCCUAUAGUAAGAUGUGGGUAGUGGGGUGGAUUGCAUGGUUUAUCUUGUGUAAAAUAAUAAAGCUAGACGAGUGAAUCGUCUGACUUAGACCAUUUAUUGUAAUCUUAUAUGUGUAUUGUAUAUAUUUUUUGUAAGUGUUUCAAUAAUAAGUAUG